CCGAGCGAGUGGCCGCGGCGCCGCCAAGUCGUGUGGGACCCGCGCUCGGGCCGGACCCCCGCUGCCCGCGCGCGCCGUCCUCCGCCGGCAGCCGAGCCGGACGUUGUGCAAAUUGAUGAACAUUUGCAAAUUGCUCCAAGAUGCGUUAAUUUAAGGUGUGAAAUAAUAGAUCUUCUACGAAGGCUCAGCCAUAUUUCUGGCAUUGAUGGAUUUCUCUCCCGUCUGGCUUGUGAUUUGAAGAGCCUGUGUCCUGGGGAGGCUGGCAUGCAGGAUGGCAGGACAGCCCAGUCACCUGCCCCAAGGAGGGAGCCCGAGCAACCUUUGCCACACGCCGGGGCCUGCUCACCCUUCUGACUCACAGAGACACCCCAGCACCCUGGCUUUUCGUUGCUCGCUGGCCGACUUCCAGAUUGAGAAGAAGAUCGGGCGAGGGCAGUUCAGCGAGGUGUACAAGGCCACCUGCCUGCUGGACAGGAGGACAGUGGCCCUGAAGAAGGUGCAGAUCUUUGAGAUGAUGGACGCCAAGGCCAGGCAGGACUGCGUCAAAGAGAUUGGCCUGCUCAAGCAACUGAACCACCCGAACAUCAUCAAGUACUUGGACUCAUUCAUCGAGGAUGACGAGCUGAACAUUGUUCUGGAGCUGGCCGAUGCGGGCGACCUCUCGCAGAUGAUCAAGUACUUCAAGAAGCAGAAGCGGCUCAUCCCCGAGAGGACGGUGUGGAAAUACUUCGUCCAGCUGUGCAGCGCCGUGGAGCACAUGCACUCCCGCAGGGUCAUGCACAGAGGUAGGGCCUGCAGUGACAUCAAGCCUGCCAACGUGUUCAUCACGGCCACGGGCAUCGUGAAGCUCGGAGACCUCGGUCUGGGCCGCUUCUUCAGCUCCGAGACCACAGCAGCCCACUCGCUAGUCGGGACGCCAUACUACAUGUCUCCGGAGAGGAUCCACGAGAAUGGCUACAACUUCAAGUCCGACAUCUGGUCCCUGGGCUGCCUGCUGUACGAGAUGGCCGCUCUCCAGAGCCCCUUCUACGGAGACAAGAUGAACCUCUUCUCCCUGUGCCAGAAGAUCGAGCAGUGCGACUACCCGCCCCUCCCCGGCGAGCACUACUCUGAGAAGCUUCGAGAACUGGUCAGUAUGUGCAUCUACCCUGACCCCAACCAGAGACCCGACAUCGGUUACGUGCACCAGGUUGCCAAGCAGAUGCACGUCUGGGCAUCCAGCGCCUGAAUGUGCACACGCUGUGUGCCUUAUCCAAGCCGCCACCGCCAAGCCUUAGGAUCUCCCCGAAGAGGCACCUGGGAGCCUGCACAGCCCACAGCGGCCCCAGCAGGCUCCUGGGCAGCCACACCGCACGCAGAGCAGCGGGGCCCUGCUCAACUGCCAAGUCCUUUCUCUGAAGGGCCGAGGAGCCUCCGCUGGCCAGCAGGGGCGGCGGGCUCUGCAGCCCGUGUCUGGACUGUAAUGUGAAUCCUUUCCCGAGACCUGGCCAGGUCCACACCGACAGGAGCCAGUGUGACUGGCGUGUGAGCCUUUGGAAAUGGUUAGCUUGAAGCUCAGUUGUAGUUCUUAGUAUCUUUCCAAUCAAGCUAUGUGCUUAAAAUUUGCUCUAUUGUAAAGGGAUAAAGUGGAAAUAAUUUUCUAACUAGAUGAGGGAAUUGUUAAUAUUUUUCUGCGUUCUGUAACUUGACGAGCAUCAAUGAGGAGAAAGAAUCUAGUAUCUGAUGUUGAGCUUUUGGAGGGAAAUGGUGGCUGAAAGCCACAGGUCCUGCCUACAGUGGUUUGCAGUGUUCCUCUGAAGCCCUGCCUCAUGCCAGGCAUCUGUCACCUUCCAGGAGGCUCCGCUCACUUCGUGAUCAGUGUUAAGCUUAAUUCCUUAUGGGAAGGAAGCAUGGUCUACAAAAAACAAUCGAAUGGCUUCGCCCUCAGGCUGCUCUACAGACUCUGGUUUUGCAUCUAUCUUCCUAGCAAGACCUUGGGCAUGUUUCCUAGCCUCUCUGAGCCUGUAAAAUGGGACUAGUGGUUCCUGCCUUCAGGGCUGCCCAUAGAAUCAGAAAUAAAAGAAGUGAGCUAGCCGGUUGCAGGUGAUCCAAAAACAGCAGCCAGUCACCCAUCCAGAAAGCUCGAGUCCGUGGACCAUGCAAGAAUUAGAAGUCUAACUGUAUCAUGUGCAGGAAAGCCGAAAUAUGUUCAUGUCUUGUUCCCAAAUAGGAGUAACUGUGAAGACUAAUUUAUAAAUGUGAAUUCUGGA